AUGCUCUCCUACUUCCAAGGUUGUUUCCUACUUCCUAUCUCAUCAAAAUUUCCAUCCAUCAUGCCCACCGGCUCACUUCUCAACUUUCUCUCCGUGCCACGCGAAGCAUUGGAGCUGUACGAGCGCGGCACAGACUGGAAACCAUUUACCAAUCGACGCUGCCCGGAGAGCAUCACCGAGCUCGUCCCAUGGCCGGAGUUCUCCUACGACCACAUCAUCCAGGAAUACGGAUCCAUUCUCGAUACAGAGUUCAAAUGGGAGGAUCGUUACUUCGGCACCCAGCCGCAGAGAGUGUACCCGGGAAAAGACAGCCUUAGGUACACUUUAGGAAUGGAUCUCGAGUUUUAUGUCAAAUAUGCGUUCAAAGAAACCUUCAAACAACUCGCGCCAGAGCUAUCCGAAAGAGACCUUGUGCCCAUCUCCCUUGAAGCGGCAUACAGGGCAGAGCCGAUCAAGACAUACAGCCCAGACUUAGCCUUUAUGGCCAGCCCUUUGGAUGGAGAGUAUUUGACAGGAGCUUCUGGCCCCAACAGGUUACCAGGUGGGCUCAAGGGUUCAUUGAAGUGGAAGUCGGAUUGGGGAAGUUCAUCGGCGGGCGAGAUGGAAAAGAGGUUUUGUCUCCUUGAGUUAGCACGAAUUCACCUCUAUACGGAGAGAUGUGGGACACGUUAUGGGUUUAUCCUUACAGAUCAAGAGCUUGUUGCUAUCAAGCGGGAUGACACUAGUGGUCGAAUUGCUUUGUCUAAGGCUAUCCUGUUGACGAGCGGUGGUACCGAGCUCUCUGUUUCACUAGAUUUGUGGUACCUGGGUAUGCUUGCGGCCAAGUCAGACUGGAAAGUGGAGGCAUAG